AGCUGACAGUGAUCAGCAUUGGCAAAGCGCAGCAAGAAAGCAGGCUGCGCAAGAGGAAGGCAAGACUCAAGAGGCUAGAGCCGUAGGGAAGACGAGUGUCAGUGAGCAGGGGUCAGGGUUCAAGAAUACACACCGUAUCUGCCGUAGCCGCUGCGGGUCGUGGGUGUUUUGCGUAGGUACAUAGUGGCUGGAAUUCGGACGGUAGUUGUCUUGAAUCCUUUUGAUCCGUCAACAUGCAAGGAAGCAUCCUCUUCCCUGCCGCAGCAACCCCGUCCAAUGAAAAUCAGCAGUUUCCGGGUUCCUUCAUGCUGCCUGAUGACGGAGCGAAUGUUGGAAACCCUGGAAGUAUGAAAACCCCAGGUGGGAGUGAUGCAUGGGGAGCGGGGAGUUUAUUUGGUCGGCAAACACCUGGAAGGGGUGGGUUUGGGGCAGAGGCAACGCCAGCAGCCGCGAAAGGAUCAACUCCCUACGCAAACCCCCGAAGCGCGGGCCGCACCCCCUCUCGCCCUAUCUCCCUCCUCCUACAUGACGUUGCAACCCCCAGUGCUCAGCCUCGGGGGGAGUACCACUCCAGUACCACACCAGGGGGGGGAAGCUCCAACCUAUGGAGCAGAUCCAAUUCUGGUGCUGCCCCGCCCCCCCCACCCCCCCAUCGAGACCCUCGGCGACUUCAUUGACCGCACCCCUGAAGCAGCCACUCCCCCCCCUCAGCAAGCAUUCAGCCCGGGAGUGUAUGGUUCACCCCCCGGCGGGGGGAUGUAUGGAUCCCCCCCCACGAUGGGGGGUUUCGCGCCGCAGGGGGGGUUCGCUCAGCAAGCGUCGGGCCUUUGGAGUGCCUCUGGGAACCAGAGCUGGCCCCCUGCGCCGCCUCAGGAUCAGUGGCAACACCCGCCGCAGUCUUCUGGGGGGGUCCCUGCGGCAGCAAACCAGACCCCUUGGAGGAUGUUAAGCUUUGGCGGGGGUGCAGCGAGCCCUGAGAGGUCCCCCAUGGCAGAUAGUCCGGUGUCGGGGGUCGUGCAGUCGGGGGCCCUGCUAACGGUGCCGCAGUCGAGACCGAUGGAAGGGAUGCCACAGGCGGGGCGCUCGUCAGAGGACGACCGAUGGGUCACCGUGUAUGGGUUUGGACCGGAUGACACCAAUCUGGUGCUGCGCGAGUUCGAACGUUGCGGGCCAGUCGUGGAGCAUGUGUUUGGCCCUCGGGGCUCAAAUUGGAUGCACCUUCAGUACCAGAACAUGUACGAUGCGAGAAAAGCUCUUGCCAAAAAUAGCGCCCAGCUGACCGGCUCACUGAUCAUCGGUGUGAAGCCGUUAGACCCUCAGCUUCGAGCUAGCAUAACCCGAAAAGCGGAAGAUAGUCAAACAGGGCAACAGACCGGUGUUGCCUCACCCCUCAGCAAAACCGUCUUUGGGCCCGGUCCUAAGACACCUGCCCCCGCUUAUAGGCCUUACCAUUUGGAAACGGUCGAUGGGGCAAAACCAACCGGCAUCGCGCAGCCGAGCAAGUCUACGAUGACAAAGGUCUUAGAUUUCCUCUUCAGUGCUUGACCGAUUGAUCAAGUUAAGCUGAUUGAUUGCUUCACAAAGCUAGCUUCAACACGUCAAGUUUCUCUAGAGUGUGCCAAGUUGGAUCUACAUGAAAAGCUUUGGACCUGCAUGCAGUUAUCUGGCACCGUUUGGCGCGGGAUUGUGGUACAGACAUAUGGACUGAACUGCGAAUAUGCUUAGCUGCUCCAGCGCGCUUCGUAAAAAGUCGAGUGACUGCCUGGCCCGGUCAUGAAUCGAGUACGAAAAUGGUAUGCCGGA